AUGGAUGUAAUAAAGACCCUCGUUGCACAUCAAAAUGUAGACGAAAAUACUUUCUCGGCCAUCAAGAACGGAGUGAAAGGGUGCAAAUCUCUGCUCCGUUCCCAAGAUAGCCUCUCCCAAAUAUCCUCCAACUCGUGCAUCCUCGCGCAAGCACCGGCUCCAGUAAUCGCGCUGGAGAAGGACUUCACAACGAAUGGCACCCAGGGAAAUUUACAUUGCCCCUUCUCCAAACCGAAUAAGAUGCAGAGCGCAAAUGGCAGCGAGGCCCCCAGUGGGAAGAACUCUGCGCCCAAGAUCCAGAUCGAAGCCACCUGCGGCCAUGAGCAUCUGGACCCAAUCAGGGCUGAACUCGAAGAACGACGCUCUAGCCACACCCCAUCAGCCCCGUCCUCAAAAGGAGCAUGUCCCGUCUCCCGAUGUCCGAUCCGAUUCCUCGAUCAACACUCCCCAGAAGAAAUCGCCGAAUACGUCGAACGACACAAACAUGAGAUUCCCCGCAGCCACGCAAUUUGCGUCAAGCGCUAUCAGCGAAACCCACAGGACAUGAGACAACUGGAUGCCAAAUACGGUGGCCUGACCAGCAUGAUCGCUGGUUUAGGUGUCAAGCAUCAAGCCUUCCUGCCUGACCGUCAUACCAGCGGCGAAGGCCACUCCUCGCACUCUGCGUCGAGCGAACGUGUUGAGAAAUGGGCCGAGAACGUGGACCCCAGUACGCUCAGUGUCCCGAACGAGGAGAAGAACGAGGAGGAGAAGAACGAGGAUGAUAACCGCCAGAGUCACUUUGACCGUCCCCUUCGUGAAGUCCGCGUCGGUGAAUCCCCGAGCAGGCCUUGGGGCAUUUCAGUGCCUGUCACACAUCUACCCCCGCCCUCAGCGUCUAUCCCCGCAUCCCCCGACCGUCACGCCGACAGACCUGAUAACCCCGGCGAUGCCAACAUCAUUGACGCUAAGCCUGCCGGCGGCUGUCCAUUCGGCCACGGCAAAUCGAAGCCCGAAGCCACAAAGCCCGAAACUCUAAACCCCGAAAUGGAAACAUAUCGGAGUGCGGGAAGGCCCAAGGACAAUGAUACUUUCGCACCAAAGAAACCUGGUUGUCCAUUCGGCCACGAUAAGCCAAAGACCGAAGUUCCAAAGCCUGAAACCGAGACCCCCUGGAGUGGUGAGUGGCCUAAGACCUGGCCCAAGGACCAGGCUAUCGCAGAUCAAGCACUCGAUCCCCAGCUUGCUCCGGCUGCUCCCGUGAGCGAUGGCUCGACUACGAAACCCGGCAUUCCCCCAACAUUCUCCACUCCCUCCCACAUCACUUUCAAUGGCCCCGUCUUCUUCGGCUACUCCGCCGAGGAGACUGCCAACCUGUUGCAGCAGUUUGGCAACCUGGGCCAAUCAUGA